AUGAAUCUCAUGGACAUGCUUUCGGAGGAAGCACGAGAUGAUAUUUAUCAGAGAAAUGACAUGCAAUCAGUAUUAGAUGAAAAUGAUCCACUAACUGAAACUACUGAUUCAGUCAUUACCCAACCAGAAAAUGGCGUAUAUUAUUUACCUUCCGUCCUCACCCAAUUACAAAAGGAUUUAACGGAGACUGUGCUUCAUAUAUUUAGCUUAGACUUACUCGAUGAAAUACGUACAAAGAGAGAAAGGAGUAGCAUUAAUAGUUUGCUUGAUAAUACGGGCCCCGAAUUUGAUGCAAUGAAUGAUACGCACAGUGAAGCGAUGAAUAAAUACGAUAAAGUAAAUCUAUUAUUUGAACAGCUAAGACUCAUAACUAAACAUCCUUCAUUAUUAGUUGACCAUUUUAUGCCAAAGAAAUUAUUAUUACUGGAAGUGAACGAAAGAUUGGCAAGUUUAUCAGGAAAGUUUCAAUUGUUCAACAGACUUCUUGAUUCAUUUAUUGACAACAAUAUUCUGAAAUACGAAAGUUUAAACAAUACUGAAAAUAAUGACUUUCAUAUAUUGGUUGUGGCAGAUAAUGUCAAAGAAUUAGAGCUCAUCGAAGGGCUAAUUAUAGGUAAGAAGUUGCAUUACAACAAUUUGAGUAGUGAAAGAUUAUACAAUGAUAACAGUGGAAAGCGUAAGUUCAAGCAAGAGGUAGAUAAUAUAGAUGGUGAACCGGGAAGAAAAAGGAAACACCCUUCGGCAACUACAUAUACAAAGAAAAGUGAACAUUCACUUUGUUUAUCUUUAGCUACAUCGCAACAAUUGUACAAUAAUUAUUCAGCUUCAUUUGAGAAUCUGCAAGUCAAUUUAAUAUUUUCAUUUGAUUUAAACCUCGAUACCCAAACCCCUAGUAUAGAACUCAUAAGGUCCAACAAUUUGCCGAACAGACCAGAUACAUUAUUGGAAUCUGACGCGAUUCCGUUAAAAACUCCUGUUUUUAUACCAAUUUUAAAUUUUUCAAUCGAACAUAUAAUGCUUCAAAUGCCUCAAAAGAAAGCGAAUAAUAGCUUUAACUUGAAUAAUUCCAAAGAUAGCCCAAAUUAUAAAUGGAAGCUUCAAAUAUUGAAUGCAUUCGCUGUUAAUAGGCGCGAGGCGUACGAAUAUCAUGAUCAUGACUUCUUCUUAGAGAAUUAUGGUAGCAAUAUGUCAGUUUUGUUUGAAUGGAUUUAUACGUGGGAUAUUAUGAGAUUUCCUUUUGAAGAUAACAAUGCAAUGAUGAAAUUCAAUGACAGGUUGAUGUUAAGCUUUACCGACGAUCAACUAACUAGGGAGCUUCAUAUUAACUACUUGCAUAAAUUUGGCUAUUUUAUCGAGGAUUUAUGCAAAGAUGAUAUGGAGGUUGAUGAAAGCAUAAACGAAAUAAAAAUUGAUCACGAACAUUACAAAAUAGAAGUAUUUAACUACAAGACGUUUAAAUCAAAGUUUGCUCAGCUCAUAUAUGACCGUGUGUGCCAAAUUGAAAGAGCGAUUGACAUAAAGCACAAGGAAAUAUUGCCCUCAUUGAGACAGGCUGAAAGCUUGAGACAAUCAACUAUCGAUGAAGACGAGGAAGCAAUAAGUAGUAACUAUAGGAAAUUACGAAAACUAAAUGAUGAAGCGAAUUUCGCUGACAAGAAGAUGGGUAGAGCAGAAUCUGAUAUAGAAAAGUUUCAAGAGCACAAGUUGCAACUGGAGUUUAAGUUACAAUUCUUGCGUAAUAACUUAGUGGACGAAGUUAAAGUUGAGGAAGAGCUAAAUAAGACUUUAUCAGAACAGGAAAAGCUUAUUGAAGAAUUGGAUAAGGAAUGGGCUAACACUUCGACAGAGUAUGAAAAGUUAUGCGAAGAAAAUAAUACCCUGAGUGUGAAAUAUCAAAAUAGUUCUACAGAUGCAGUUCAGUUAUCUUCUAAAUUGAUAGCCUUAAGAGACGCAAACAGUAAGUUAGAGGGAAAAUUAAAUGGCGCUGGUAUACAACUAUUACCUUCGUUGAUUAAUAAGGACGAACUCAUUAACCAUGAGGUGGAAUUGAAUAAAUUGAAAAGCGAAAACCAAUUUAUGUUACGAUUCUUUGAUGAAAAACUAGACAAAUUAAUUAAAGAAAGAACAUCACUAAUGGAUAGUACGUCUAAUGGUUCCAGUAGCAGGCCUACCAAUAGAGUAAGUAGAGCGUCUACGCCAUUUUGA